AUGCACCUCCUAACGACAGCCUUGCCUUUGUUGGCACUGGCCGGCUCAGCGUUGGCUCAGACAUUCUCUGACUGCGACCCGACAAAGGUCGGGAAUUGCCCACCCAAUCAGGCGCUGGGCGUCGACAAUUACACGAUCGACUUCACCCAGAACAUGAUGAGCAAAGACGUAUGGAACGUCACUACUGGCGCGAUUGACUACAAAGACGAUGGCGCAACUUUCCGGAUAGGCGCGAAAGGCGAACAGCCUCUUGUAAAGACAAGAUUCUACAUCUUCUUCGGGCAGGUCGAGGUCAUCAUGAAGGCUGCUCCAGGUCAGGGUAUCGUGUCAUCCAUCGUGCUGCAGUCUGAUGAUCUGGAUGAGGUAGAUUGGGAAUGGAUCGGUGGGAACUCGACAUACGUGCAGACAAACUAUUUCGGCAAAGGUAACACAACCUCAUUCGACCGGGCUGCUUGGCACGAGGUCACUGGUCCCGAUACACAAGAAGACUUCCACAACUACACACUCGAUUGGUCGAAGGAAAAAUUGGACUUCUACAUCGAUGGCAAGGUCAUUCGUACACUCAAGUACGAAGACGCCAACGGCGGCAAGAACUAUCCUCAGACCCCAUCCGAUGUCCGUCUUGGUAUCUGGCCUGGUGGUGACUCUGCCAGCGAGGGCACUCGAGACUGGGCUGGAGGCGAGAUCGAUUACAGCAAGGUGCCCUUUGACAUGGUUGUCAAGUCAGUCCGUGUGUCUGAUGCCAGCAAUGCUACCGAGUAUGUCUGGGGUGAUCGCACAGGCGACUGGCAGUCGAUCCAGCUCAAGACUGACGCCAAGGCUAUCAAGCUCGAUGGAGAAAACAGCCAAUCGACCACUCAAUCGGUACAACAGAAGUGGAACGGCCUGUCGCAAACCGCCAAGAUCGCCAUCAUCGCGUCAGUCUGCGGUGUUCUUGGUCUCGGCGCCGCCGUCUUCAUCUUCUGCUGCUUCAAGCAACGCCGUCUUGGAAAGCACGAACGCCUCAUCGAGGAUGCCAAGUUCGAGAAGAACCAGUCUGAGUUGAUGGCAUAUCGCGCCGACAUGGCAAGACAGCGGAGUGAGAAGUUGGCGCAGGCUCAGACAUACGCAGUACCUGCCGGUCACGUUGGCAACAUUGGAGCCUACAUCCAGCCUCCACGAACGCCUGUCAACGGUGGCGCCAGUCCGUUGAUGGGCGGCUACCAACAGGGAGGUUAUCAGCGGUACUGA